GUGGCGCAAAAUGCCCCAGUUACUAUUCCACAGUAGCUCAUUUCUUCACUCUUCUUCUUCUCCAAUGGUCUGACCAGUCCCACCCUUCAAGUACCCACCAAGCUUUCAGACCAAAGCUCCCACCUUUCACCUCCCCAACCUCAUUUCCACCACACCCAAAUGGCCAAACUCACUCUCCGAGCAGAAAGCUCCCACCUUUUCUACUCACAGCCCUCAUCUUUCAUCUCAGCACCGAAACGCCGUCGUUUGCUGAGCUUCCCUCCGAAACCCAGCUUGAAAUUCCGAGUCUUUUGCAGCAUUAAGGAGAAGGAGAGCGUUAAGAGAGUCAAUGGGCUCCCCGGCGAUGAGGUGGUCCACCGGGCCGGGUCGGGUUCGGAUUCUGAAGGCGAGUCGGGUCAGAAAAGUGGGUCUGUGGGGUUUGAUUUGGACUGGCCUCCCUGGAAGAACAUACCUCAGAGAUAUAAGCUCAUUGGCACAACUUCAUUGGCCUUUGUUAUUUGUAACAUGGAUAAGGUGAACUUGAGUAUUGCUAUAAUCCCAAUGUCACAUCAGUUUGGUUGGAGUUCAUCUGUGGCUGGAUUGGUUCAGUCGUCCUUCUUUUGGGGGUAUGCUCUGAGUCAAUUGCCUGGGGGAUGGCUUGCCAAGAUAUUUGGUGGGAGAAAAGUGCUUGAGAUUGGAGUAUUAACUUGGUCAUUGGCUACAGCACUUGUCCCUUUCGUUGCUGGAUUUACUCCUGGUUUAGUUGUGUCAAGAAUUUUGGUAGGAAUUGGAGAAGGUGUUUCCCCGUCCGCUGCAACUGACCUUAUUGCCAGAACAAUACCUUUGGAAGAGCGGUCACGAGCCGUAGCAUUUGUCUUUGGUGGGUUGAGUGUAGGCAGUGUUGCAGGGUUUCUUCUAGCUCCUCCACUUAUCCAAAAUCUUGGCUGGGAAUCUGUCUUUUACAUAUUUUCCCUUUUGGGGAUAGGUUGGUAUGUGGGGUUUCAGUUUCUUGAAGGACAACCCUCAUGGGUUGGGUCCCGGUCAGACUUGAAAACAGCGCAGAACACUUCUCCAAAAGAGUUGGCUGACUCGUUGAAGGAUGUACCGUGGAAGGAAUUUUUCCGAAGUGAAGCUGUUUGGGCAAUGAUAUAUGCUCAUUUUUGUGGAAGUUGGGGUCAUUACACAUGCCUAGCAUGGCUGCCUACUUAUUUUAGUGAGGAGCUGAACCUGAAUUUGACCGAAGCGGCCUGGGUCUCUAUCCUUCCUCCCUUGGCAUCAAUAUUUGUGAAUACCAUUGCAUCCCAAAUUGCUGAUAACUUGAUUUCUAAUGGAGUUCAAACCACUACGGUCCGAAAAAUUUGCCAAACAAUUGCCUUUUUGUCUCCUGCAGCUUGUAUGACUCUUUCUUCUCUUGAUCUAGGAUUGCCCCAUUGGGAAGUUGUGGGGAUACUCACUGCUGGUUUAGCCCUUUCGAGCUUUGCAAUUUCAGGACUUUAUUGUACUCAUCAAGAUAUAUCACCUGAAUAUGCAAGCAUACUUUUGGGUAUUACCAAUACUGUUGGGGCAGUACCUGGAAUAGUAGGUGUUGCCCUCACUGGCUAUCUACUUGAUUCAACUCAUUCAUGGAGUAUGUCAUUGUUCAUUCCAUCAAUAUUUUUCUACCUGACUGGUACAAUUGUUUGGUUGGCGUUUGCCAGCAGUAAGCCUCAGACCUUUGCGAAGAGAGAUUGACCUUUUUAUGCUAUGGUUUAUUUCUCUUGAAUGAAGCUUCCAAAUUUAGGGAAUCUUCUUUCAGUGCAUUACUAGUUUCUCCAGGCGGUAUUCAACUUAGUAGUCAGUAUUUGGCUGCAUUCUGUACAUCUAGAAUGAAAUCUACACGUAUGUAAUCAUCUCUCAUUUAAUAGGUAUUUUUUUGUUACCAGGCUCGGUGUUCAUAGUUGGCCACCAAAUGAUGUAUCAAAGUAUCAAACAUAAAUGAAAUGUGAUAUUGUACAGCUGUGUAAGGCUU